AUGGAUUCCACCCCCACGUUCUCUUACACAGUCUCUCCUCGUCCGGCCAGCGUCCCGCAUUGGAUUUUCGACAUCUGGUCCAUCGACGUUCUCAAACGUAACAUCCGUCUCUCGAGCUACGUGGACACGUCCGAGUACGACGGUGUGACCCUGCCUCUUCCCGACCGAACCCACGCCGCUCGCGCGGGCUCCAUGGCUCACCUCAAGCCUUUGAAUCACAACGCGAUCCUCGAGAUCACUCGCGGCGCAAACACGGGAACUUCAGCACGUGCAACGCGUGUCGCCUCGUUGUACCGCGCCCUGUUCGCCCCCAUCACAGCCUGUCUCUACGAUUUCGGCGUCACGAAGGAACUCUACGCCGGGAUCUUGAAAGAGAUAAGCGACUACCUAAGGAGAAAUCCGCGAGAGAUUGGAGGAGAGAUGGAGGUGAAGAUCUGGAGGACGAUAACACAGACGGUGCAGAGACAUGACGAUCCUCAUGUCGAUGCAUAUGUCGAGAGGGUACUGCGUAGGAGCUUGUUGUUGGCUCGUCGGAAACCUGUCCCUGCGGAUUCAUCGGCCAUCGAUUCCCUCGAACAGAUUAGAUUUUCGCGGGAAUGCGUGAUAUGUAAGGACGAUUUCGAAGACGGCUCGAUGGUCACUCAACUGCCUUGUGAUCAUCUGUUUCAUGGAGAUUGCAUCAAGACUUGGUUCCAGAUCAAUCGAGGCUGUCCUCUCUGUCGUAAACCCGUAUCUUAG